AUGGACGACAAGCUACAGUCAACAACGAUUACCAACCAUGGACUCAACGACACAGAGCUUGCUAGUGCCGAUGUCGUCGUUGUGGAAAAGGCCGGUACUUCCAGAGACGCUGAACACAUGCGACGUCUGGGCAGGAAACAGGAGCUACGGCCACAUUGUGUCGUUGCAUUUGGGCUCUUCAAUGGUGGCACAGCCGGGCUCAUCUACACGUACCUCAUUGUGAGUACCGCACUGGUCAGGCGGAUUCGGGUUUCUGAGCUCACACAUCAACAGAAUUUGCACCUCGCCGUGCCCAGAAAGUACUUUCAUACUUCAUCGGCUGGCUCUGUACCCUGGGUUGGCAAAGUGGAGUAG